UGGCCGUGUCUGGGCAACCAGCAGAAUGGGAAACAUCGAUCAUUCAUGAUUGAGAGAUUCCGCACCCGCUGAUAACAGACUGAUACCCCAGGUGCGCGGGUCAGCUGUUGGUGGGCAUGGAUGAUGGGACCCCCCUGUAGUUGCAUGUUUAGCGCUCUGCAGCCACCGCUCAGGGUGUGAGUGGCCCCUGGCCCGCUUGGGUUCGGCGGACCCUUGUUCCUAGCGACCAGCUACAGGAUUCCAAUUCACCCGUUUUGACGAGUUUCGCAAUCAAGAGGGACGGUACGGUACAAAUCUGUCUCGCGGCCAUUGAAUACAUAUCAGAGCCCUCACUCUCUUUUCCCAGACUCUACCUCUGGCCUCUCUUUUAUUCGCCUUCCUCGACUGCAUAUGACCCUGUUCCCGUCCCGAAGCAGUGCUUCCCAACCUUUUGCCUUUCUUAAUCGGCUGCCGUCAUUGUAACACGGAGGAACGUCACUCAUUACGGAUACCACACCACAACCCAACCACCACGACUAAUUCAAGAGGUUGGAGCAGCCGAGCUGUGCGCUGGCAAUUUCCACCGGGAGACACCCAUAAGGACACUAUCCGCCAUCUGUCCCACUGCUGAUAGGACAUUUCUCCUCUUUUUCCUCAUCUGCACAACUCACCUAUACCGCCAUCUACAACGUACACACCAGACCCUCAUCAUGAAUAUUGGCAAGAAGUUCGACCGCGCCUUCCAAUGGGCCGGCGAGAAGAUGGGCAGUGAAGCAAAGACUACCAUGUCUGAUGACUUCAAGCAGCUCGAAAUGGAGAUGGCUCUUCGUUUUGAGGGCAUGGAACGCCUCCAAAGGUCAAUGAAUCAAUACGUCAAAUGGGUUGGCCGCCGUGUCGAGGCUGCGGAAGACAGAGAGAAGGGCCUCCCAGCUGCCUAUCUGGGCCGCACAAUGGUUGCACACGGCGAGGAGUUCCAACCAGACUCCGACUUUGGCAACUGCCUCAUAACGAUGGGUCGGGCCAACGAGAGGGUUUCCGCAAUCCAGGAGGCUUAUGUUGGGGAGGCCACAACAACCUGGCUGGAGUCGCUGGAGAGGUCGCUGGCUAUGAUGAAGGAGUAUCAGGCUGCCCGCAAGAAGCUCGAGAACCGCCGCCUUGCGUACGACGCCAGCAUCUCCAAGUCCCAGAAGGCCAAGCGAGAUGACUUCAGAAUCGACGACGAGCUUCGCGCCGCCAAGGCCAAAUACGAGGAAUCUUCCGAGGACGUUGGGCGCCGUAUGCAGGACAUUCGGGAUGCUGAAGCCGACAGCGUACGGGAUUUGACGCAGUUCUUGGACGCCGAGCUCGACUACCAUGAGCGGUGUGCCGAGGAACUCAGACGUGUUCGCCAAAACUGGCCAGGAGCACCGGUACCCGGAGGCAUGAGCACAUAUGGCAGUAUAGAACGGCGCCCAACAACCGGCCGUGCCAGGUCGAAUACGGCGCAGAGCUUCUCUGAGCGUGCUCCUCGGGUGAGCAGCCAGAAGAUCUACGAGUCCGACGAGACCGAAUCGAGCGCACCACCUGUCCGCAUGCCUGCGUCUCGUACUGGACGUAUCGGCCUUCCAGUUCAACCUCAAAAUCAGCAAGACGGUACGGUUCGCCCCACCAUCAGCAAGGCUAGUACUUUCCAGGGCGGUGCGAGUCUGGAGCGAGAGCGUAUCGGCGGAGGUCGGAUAUCCGGCGCCAGCACUCCAAGCUCGGUGUACGGCGUCAACCAAAACAUCCCCAACGUCAGCAACUUGCGUGGCCAGUUGCGCCCUGUUAACAAGAUCGUGACCACCAAGGACGAUGUGUUUGGCGACCGGGAUGACGACACGAGCGAUACGGGAAGCCCGGAUUGGGGCCGUAGCUCAAGUCCCGCCACCAGUGUAGGGAGCGCGAGUCUUACACGCACGUCUAGUUAUCCUGUCGUGAAGAAGGCUCCACCGCCGCCUCCUCCGAGCAGAUCCAAGAAGCCUGCUCCUCCAGUACCAGCGAGACGGGAGGUUGGUUACUAG